AAAAACCCAAAAUGGAAAGAAAAAAAAAGAGAGACGAUUCUGAAUAAUUUAAUUAAAUUUGCAUUAAAACCCUCGAGAGAUGAGGAACCCUAAAAAAAACACCAACGAGAGGGCGAAAUAGACUUUUUCUUAACAAAUAUUUUCAUUACUGAGGUUCUUCGUCGGCGGCGCAUAUGGCGAUUUCGUGAUUGUCCUACUAAUGAUCUCAGGAGAAAGAGCAAAGUCGGUUCCUGUUGUUGCUAUUCGACCUGGGUUUUGAUCAGAUUCUGAAAAUUAGCGGGCUUUCUGGGAGGAGCGAUUGGUGUUUGGAUUCAAAAGAGAGAGAAAAAUGUUAUUUUCCAGAGGAUUUUCUCGGAUUUCUUCGAAGUUUCCGAGAAAAGGAAGCUUCUUUGGUUGCCCUUCUUUUCUCGGUGCUCAUCGGCACAUCGUCGUCCCCGAUCAGGACCAUUCUCGUUCUGACCCCACACAGGAGGGUUUCGGUUGCGGAGGAACUUAUUCAUGGAGAUCUCCUGUUUUUGGUACUUUCAGACAUCAGUUCUAUCAUCAGAGCAGCUCGUUAGUUGAGAACGAGACCGUCCUUUGCCAAGAGGAGCUUGACCCAUUCUCCCUUGUUGCCGAUGAGCUUUCUCUUCUCGGUAAUAAGUUGCGGGCCAUGGUGGUUGCUGAGGUUCCCUCGCUUGCCUCUGCAGCUGAGUAUUUCUUUAAAAUGGGGGUUGAAGGAAAACGCUUUCGUCCAACGGUCUUGCUCUUGAUGGCAACUGCUCUAAAUGUACGCCUACCCGAAGUAUCAGGUGGCGAGUCUGUAGCCAUGCCUGCAUCAGAACUGCGUGCAAGGCAACAACGUAUUGCUGAAAUCACAGAAAUGAUACAUGUUGCGAGCCUUCUGCACGAUGAUGUCUUGGAUGACGCAGAUACGAGACGUGGUAUUGGUUCAUUGAAUCUUGUGAUGGGAAACAAGAUAUCUGUAUUAGCUGGAGACUUUUUGCUCUCUCGAGCUUGUGUGGCUCUUGCUUCUUUGAAAAAUACCGAGGUUGUAUCGCUGAUUGCAACAGUUGUGGAGCAUCUCGUUACGGGUGAAACCAUGCAGAUGACAAGCACAUCCGAGCAGCGUCACAGUAUGAACUACUACAUGCAGAAGACGUAUUAUAAGACCGCAUCACUAAUUUCGAAUAGCUGCAAGUCCAUUGCCAUUCUCGCUGGACAAACAACGGAAGUUGCCAUGUUAGCGUUUGAGUACGGGAAGAAUCUGGGAUUGGCAUACCAAUUGAUAGACGACGUCCUCGAUUUCACGGGCACUUCAACAUCUCUCGGGAAGGGAUCUCUUUCCGAUAUCCGCCACGGAAUCAUAACAGCUCCAAUCCUCUUUGCCAUGGAGGAGUACCCUCAACUAAGUGAGAUUGUUCAUCAGGGGUUCGACAAUCCGGCCAACAUCAACAUUGCGCUAGAGUAUCUCGGGAAGAGCAGGGGAAUACAAAGGACGAGAGAGCUAGCUUUGGAGCAUGCCAACCUCGCUGCAGCGGCUAUCGGUGAUUUACCCGAAACCGAUGACGAAGACGUGAAAAGGUGUAGGAGGGCGCUUAUCGAUAUCACCCAUAGAGUCAUCACCAGAAACAAGUGACAAAAUCUCCGGUCAGUUUCUCUUUAUACCGAGCUUUUUCGCUUGUUGCAUUGACGUUUGAUCGAUAUGAGGCGACGGGAAAACAGCCUAAAACUUCCCGUCAUUCAUUUUCAUUCGAUUCGUAGAGUUUAUUUACAUAUGUUCCAUUUGUUUGGUGUCGAAAAUAAUUUUUGUUCAAGUAGCUUGGUGUUCAUGUAGAACAUGGAUUAUGGAAGAAAGAAAAAAAGAACAUAGGGAGUCUUCAUCUGA